AUGACCUGUCACAUGAUCGGUGAUACGACACGUGUGACAGACUGUGACACCUCCAAGUAUUUCACCGGGGUCAGUCCUCCCACAAGCUGCGAGCGUCCAAAAAACUUCCAACGAACCAACCCUGCUUGCCGACCGAGACCCCAGCACAACAUCAUGCGCCCAAUCCUUCUUUCCGGUCACGAGAGGUCCCUGACCCAAGUCAAAUAUAACCGAGAGGGAGACCUGCUCUUUUCGUGCUCAAAAGACCAUAUCAUCAACGUCUGGUUCACUCACAACGGGGAGCGACUUGGAACCUACAAUGGCCAUAACGGUACAGUCUGGUCGGUUGAUGUGGAUUCAAAAUCUGAAUUUAUGGUUUCGGGGUCAGCGGAUAACUCCAUGCGUCUGUGGAAAGUGUCCACUGGGGAAUGUCUAAAGGCUUGGGAAUUUCCUACUGCUAUCAAACGUGUUUCCUGGAGUGAAGACGAUACGAAAAUUGCGCUCGUAACCGAGCAGAGAAUGGGUCACCAGGGUGCUGUACGUGUUUUUGAAAUCAAUCGUGAUGGUGGCCCCCAACCGGACGAACCUCUGCUGGUCUUCAACCCGAUUGGCUCAAAAGCCCAAGUCGUGGCAUUCUCUUCUCUUGAUAAACACCUCAUCACCGGGCACGAGAAUGGCAAAGUCGCCCUGUGGGAUGUCAAUACCGGAGAAGAAGUCGCCUCCAAAGAGAAAAACCACAUCGGCUUGAUCACAGAUUUGCAAAUGAGCGCUGAUCGCACUUACUUUGUGACAAGUUCCAAAGACAAAAGCGCUCGACUUUACGAUUCACGAACACUCGAAGUAAUCAAAUCGUACCAAGAUCCACAGACACCAUUGAACAGUGCUGCACUCAUCCCUGGGAAGCCUUAUCUCCUCAUGGGCGGUGGUCAGGAAGCGAUGGCUGUCACAACCACUUCCGCUCGCCAGGGUCACUUUGAGAUCCGGAUGUGGCAUGUAGUCUUUGAGGAGGAGGUCUCACGUAUCAAGGGUGGUUUCGGUCCUUGCAAUUCAAUCGCUGUUCAUCCCGAAGGAAAAGGUUAUGCUAUCGGUGGUGAAGACGGUUAUGUUAGACUGCAUCACUUUGACGAAAAUACAUUCCGGGCCAAACCUUACGGUCACGAGACAGAACCAAAAGAACUGGAUUGAAAUUGUAAUUUGGUUCAUGUAAUCAACUGUAAUGCCAGCUUGUCCUGAAACCGUAACUAGCGUACUAUUACGCCUUCUCUGCCAGUCAGCAGCAGACUACAGCCAACAUGUUAGCGUUCCGUGAUCCAAGAUCUACGGAAUGAGUGGCACUUUUCAGUUGACCGUGUAUUGUCACUACGCAUGAGGUGUAAUGUACUGUUAAAUGAGUGUUGAGAAGGCCACAAUUGAUUAUCCGAUCUGCGUGCAGCUAUGUCAUCUAAAGAGCGCAUUAGCAAUAUGCAAAGUCA